AUGAGUUGUCUGAUCCGCACGCCUGAAGACGUAUCAUUUCUCUGUGACAAGAAAAUUGUCGAGAAUUAUCUUGGAACUGAUGAGGAGGUUGUUCAUUUCUUCAAAAACCUUGGCAAAGGUGUGGUGUUUGAUAUUAAUAAGAGUUAUCUACGGAAUUCGUUCAAAGAGGUGAAUGAGUACCAUAGAAAUACGUGGCAUGUGCGAUGGGAAGGUUUUAGAUCCAAGUAUUUUGGUACUCCAUGGUCUUUCUUGUCUGCUGUAGCUGCUGUUAUACUCCUACUACUCACUGCAAUUCAGGCCUUCUUUGCAGUUUAUGGAUUGCCCAUCCGCCGAAACUGGGAAGUACUAGCCAUCUGGGGCUUGAAGAGUAGCAAUAAUGUUAGGAUGUUUGACACUUUUUUUGCACUAGUAUGUAUUUUUGCGUCUUUUAAUAUCUUCCCAAGCUGGAUGUGUAUAAAUAUGGUCAGCAUGGUCCCUAGCCAGCUCUGUGAAUGUUCUGAUUAUGAAAUCUCCUCUGUUUCCUCAGGAGUAUUCUGGAUAUUGUCCACUGUAAAAUGA